AUGGCUUGUUUCUGCAUCUGGAGCAGCAGAGCAGAACUUCGCUUGGCCCCGGCUCUCUUCCACCCCGCAUACCACUCUUGGUCAUCUGCACCUGUGCGGGAGAGGAGUCAGUCCAACGAUGCACGCCAGCGGUGUAGACCUCAGCCCAGCCUCGGCUGCAAGGCUGGAAACUUCCCCGAGAAACACUGUGAACACUUUGUUGCAAGAUCCCCGACUGGUCUGCGAGCAGCUGCUGUUCCUAUGGCACCUUUGCACAGAGAGAAAGAAGCCUGCAGGCCCAAGACAGUGGACCAAAAGAGUGUUCAUCGGUGCCGAGACAAUGUGGGACAGCUGCCCUAUGACAUCUGGAUGCCAAAUGAGCAAGGUCCCAGCACAACAGCAGCCGACUUCACUGAAGCAGAGCCAGUCCUCGCUGGUCGUGGCUGUUGUUCUAAAGCCAGAGGUGGCAACUUCAGCCCACAGAAAAACUUGCAGGCCCCCAUUCUACAGGAGAGAGUUCAGGGAUGCCUGUUGCUCUGUAGUCUUGAGACAGACGAGCGACUGACACUCUGUGGCCUCGGCUUCUUCGCCUGCAAUAACGACCGGUUUUGCUGCGGGGGGCUUAGCCAAAUACCCUCCAAGCAGCAGAAAACGCAGUGUGUAGGUGAUACAGAGAAGAAUAUGGACGUGUAUGUUGCACGCUCCAAGGAUCUGGUUGCCCGUCAACUCAAAAGCUGUCUAAAGACCAACUACUCAAAUUCAGAAAAGGCCCUUGUCUUCUUGCUUGCAGUGAAGUACAUGCGGGAGGCCACGCCUUACGUGAAGAAAGGCUCCCCAGUGUCCGAGAUCGGCUGGGAGACUCCGCCACCGGAAUCCCCCCGGCUCGGGGGGAGCUCCCUGGACACUGUGUCAUCGCAGUCCUUCUCCUUCCUCAGAGACCAGAAGAGCAUCCCCCUCAAAAUGUGCUUCGUCACUCGGAGUAUGGCCUUGGCUGACCCUGAGAACAGGCAGCUUGAGAUCCACUCUCCCGAUGCCAAGCACACAGUCAUCCUGAGGAGCAAAGACCCGGCCUCAGCUCAGGCCUGGUUCAGCGCCCUCCACUCCAGCACGAGUGACCUGCUGGCCCAAGUGGUCGUCGAGGUCAGGGAGCAGCUGGGGAGCUCGGGCAUGGCUGGGAGCCAAGAGAUCCGGCACCUCGGCUGGCUCGCGGAGAAGGUGUCAGGGGAGAGUGAGAAGCAGUGGAAACCAGCCCUGGUGGUGCUGACUGAGAGAGACCUUCUGAUCUACGACAGCAUGCCACGCCAGAAGGAAGCCUGGCUCAGCCCCGUUCACUCAUACCCUCUUCUUGCCACCAGGUUAGUCUACUCAGGCCCAGGAAAGGGAUCCCCCCCGGCAGUCACGGAUCUGUCCUUCGCCACGCGGACGGGCACCAGGCAAGGGAUCGAGAUGCAUCUCUUCAGGGCGGAGACCAGCAGGGACCUCUCUCACUGGACAAGGGGCAUCGUGCAGGGCUGCCACCACUCUGCAGAACUCGUGGCCGAAGUCACCGCCGCUUGCACCUACAAAAAUCAGGAGUGCUGUCUGACCGUCCACUAUGAGAACGGAUUUUCUAUUACCACUAAACCGCAGGAGGGGACCCUUCCUAAGACAAUCAUGCAGGCUCCUUAUGAAAAGCUCAAAAUGUCUUCGGAUGAUGGAAUCAGGAUGCUGUACUUAGACUUUGGAGGCAAAGAUGGCGAAAUUCAGCUGGAUCUUCAUUCCUGCCCCAAGCCUAUCGUUUUCACCAUCCAUUCCUUCCUGUCAGCCAAGAUUGCCAGACUGGGCCUGGUGGCCUGAAGGAGGCGACUGGCCUGGGAGCAACAGGAGGGCUGC